UUAUCAGCGGUGUAUCAGAGAGUUGUCCCUAUAUGGUAAACCUCUGUGUCCUCAGCUCCACCUGUCAGAAGGUGUGGCCAAUCAGCUUCCUUUAAAAAGGACUGCUUCUGUCCUGUCAGGCUCAGAGAUCAGGGGCUUCCUCCGAGACUCAACAACCUGCAGACUGUCAUCAGAGACCUCCAUCACAUCCAGCAACCAUCCAACCAGCCGACCAAUCACAGCAGGCAGACGUCUCUCGGCCAGCGUUCAGCUCUCCGAGCCUCUCGCCAGUCAUGGCGUUCCCUCGGCUGUCUGCCUCCAUGCUGUUGGCUUCACUGAUCCUUCUUCUCUACUGGACGACAUCCUCAGCUCGGUCACAUGACCCCCCGUCCCCCGUCGUCUCACCAUCCUACAGGGUGAAGAGGGAGAUGGCUUCCGGCACCACAGACCAAGUGGGAAAAUCUUUGGCCGUGGCAAACAACAUCCUCACUGUCGUCAAAGAAGUGAUUGAAAAGAUUGAUACCAAAAAGUUGUCAGCUGUGGUGAAGUGUUAUGCCAAAAUUGCCGGCUGUGUUCCCGUUGUCGGAAGUCUGAUUGCCGCUUUUGUCGACAUGGUCUUGAUCUUCAUCCCUCAGGAAGACAAGGUGCUGAACAAGGUGCAGAAAGGGUUUGCUGAAGUGAACAGGAAGUUGGACUCUAUCUCCAUCCAGAUCUCCAACCUGGCAACAGACGUAGAAUGGUUUAACUACGCCAGCGUCUACUCUCAAGACGAGCUCCGCAUCCUCAACUCCUGGAAGAAGUUCAAUGAGCUUCUUCACAACAGUCAGUUGGUACAAAAUGAAGAGGACAAACUCCGACUGGCAGAGAUAUUCGUCAACUACUAUGAGAACACAGUAACUGAGGCCAGUGUGGCCAACCUCUACCAUUACCUGACGGUCAAAGACACAUCUCUCAGUGGAAACCUCAACGAACUGCUGAGGAAGAAGUUUAAAUGUGACGUUCAAGAGAUCGGCAAAUAUAACAUCUAUUUCAGCCGUUUGCUGUGGCAGGGGAUGGUGCUGAACCAGUUCUACUGGAAACUGAUCGGGUUGGAUUCAUCAGGUAUAGAAGCCAAACACACCCAGAUGUUCAAGAACGUCUAUGAGGCUCAGAUAUCAGCUCUGAAAUACUGCCUGACCAACCACAUGGAGUAUGUGAAGGAAGACGUGAAGGAGAUCAGCAAAGGACUCAGUGCUGACAACAAACAAGCCAUCGCUGAUGAGGUGAAAAAAGCUCUGGAUAAGAAGUACAACUGGUACAACUGGGUGGUGCUGGUGUACAACACAGAUAAACAUACCAGUCAUGAGUUAUAUAAUAUGACAAAGAUCCCUGUGGGUACGAUCACUGUCAGUGUGGACUACACUCAGAAAGCAGAGGAGAUUAGUAAAGAACAAGUAAAAAACAACCUGGAUAAGUGUUACAAGAGGAGAUAUGACACCAGACUUAGAGGAGGUAUGCUUAUCAAGGAGGACUCAACACUUUGUAAUGAUAUUGCAACAGACAUAUUGCAGUGCAGUCAUGACGUGGGUGGUGGUCCCCUUAGAGAGUUUGUUAAAGUGAUGCACGUCAGUUAUAGUAAUGAUUGGGUUCAAGUCCCAGAAGCCCUGUGGACUAAUUAUUGUAUGGUGAAUGGAUAUCGUUACCAUCUCUUCAUCUAUUACUCCCGAAACAUGUCUGCCUGCCACCAAAACACAUGUCAGAACGGGAAGUGCAAGCCUCUGUGGGAUUCCAACGAAUAUUUGUGUGAGUGUCCUCCUAGUUACCAUGGAGACAGAUGUGAAAAGAAGAUUGAGAACAAAAACGUCCCAGCUAUUGACAAAGGCCUCACUGUGCCUGACAUCACCACCAUCAACACCAAACUGAAACUGAUGGCGGACAAACUGGAGAAGAUUCUAGACUACAUGCGUCCUGCUCACUAA